AUGGCGCCUACUGUCAAAGUUGCUUUGCUGAAUUUGGUUGUGGUAGUGUUUUCUGGUUUGGCAGCAGCAGAGAAAGUCAUGCGGCCUAAUUUGAAAGAUAUCAAACUUUGGAGUGAUGAAAAACAUGUUUCGCAUAACAUCGCCUAUGACCCCAAGGACCCACAUGUGAAUCUUACGCUUAGUGUGCUGAAGGACCUAAAUGAUGUCGACAUCCAUGCUGAAAUUCGCAUUACACAGAAGAAAGAUCCAACGUAUUUUUUUACGGCAAAUACCACCUUGAAUUUUUGCCGCAUUAUAGGUUGGCGUGAGUUGUCAGCAAUUGGUUCAUUGAUUCACGCCUACUUGAAAGAGUAUGGACAUUUGGUUGAGAAAUGUCCGAUAGUGAAGGGGAAAUAUUAUAUGCAUAGAGUCUGGAUUGCCGAGGAUCCCGCGUCUGCCACACUGCCAGAGGUUGAUUACGAAAUAAAUUUCUCUGCCUACCAUUUGGAUGCAAGCAAUAAUCGUGAACUGAUCAUCAACGAUCACAUAGUGGGCGAAGGAGUAGUAAAAGAUGUGAACAACGUGAAAUCUGGCUUCUUGGCACUGCUGCCGAAAAAUGGUUAA